AUGGCGCCCUUCUGGACUAACGUGCUGAACUACACGUACGCCCGCGGCUUUAUCCGAAUUCCGAUGGUGCUGGCGCUGCCCAUUUUCUUCAACAAGUACGUGUUGUACGGGUACGAGGGUGCCUUCAAGCGCUGGAACGCCGGCCACAACCAGGUGGAUAUCUGGAACCGCCUCCAGGAGAAGGUCGCCGCGGACGCCGAGUAA